GGAACUUUAGUUCCCCCAAAUCGAAAAAAGCCACCUUCUCUGCUCCAGGGCUCCUUCGGCUGCUACGAUGCAAAUAUCCAGGUACGCAGAAAUGCAAACUUAAUACAAAAUGACUCCUCUGGUGCUCAUUUUAUUGCUGUCCAUAUUGCACCGAGGUCCAAAUAGGACUGUUCAUGUUUUUCCCCUACUUUGUAGAUUCGCCAUUGUGAUUUUUGUGUAAUUCCCUUUUUUUGUCUCGACUCCAUUGUCAUAGGGGCCAGGAAAAACAACACCCCAAAAAAAUGCAGUUCAACAAUUUAACAGUCUAAAAGAGACCACCGCUUACAAACACACAACACAACACAUCACAAGAAACUCGCGCCAUUUUGGCGCCUUUCCAAAAGUCCCAAAGACCAAUCAGAAGAGAGCGAAGGCGGGCUCCUGAGCAGAGGGUGGUCACUUACUGACCAAUCCGAUCGCUCUAUUGUGUCGCUGCACGCUGCUGUCAGGCAACGAGCUCUUUAAAAAAAUCGAGCAUAGCAACGCUGCGUGUCACUUCAGCUUAGUUUGAACUGGUUUAUAAGAGUCACGAAUUGGCUGUUUUGAAUUUACUGUCACCCUGAGGGUCUUACACGACUUCCUGACUUUAUCUAAUAAAGAAAUGACGGAAAUGUCCAGAGUUCAGGUUUCGCUUAGCAGUAUUGGACCUGCAAGGGGGAACUUCUCCCCUCAGCGCCCGCGCAGGAGCGUGUGUCGAAGUCUAUUCGGACCUGUGGAUCACGAUGAGCUGCACCGAGACAUCGAGGCGAAGCUGCGCGAGAUCUCCGAAAAGGAUGAGCAACGGUGGAAUUUUAACUUCGCCUCCGGGACGCCGCUGCUCGGAGAUUACGAGUGGGAGGGAGCGGCGGUGGAGGCGACGCCGGUGUUUUAUCAAGAGGCGGUACAAGUAGGGAAAAAGAGGGCUGUUGCUCUGCAGGUUCAGCCGUACACAGAGGCUCCGAACCGGGAGAACUGCGCUCAAAGCGACGCUGCAAAAACCGGAGCUGUUUCUCGCGAGGACACGCGCACAGGACGAAAGGCAGGCUGCACGAGGACGAGGAAAGCACGCGCACGGGUUACUAAAUCCCCAUGCCGUAUUACAGAUUUUUACGUCAAACGAAGGAAGCUAGGACCUGAGAGUGUGUCUCAAAAAGCCUUCAGCUCCCUCUCCUCCGAGCAAACGCCACGGAAACGACUUCGGUGAAGGUUUGAACAGCUGAAGAAAACUGCUCAGAGUGAAGGAAUGCAGCCCUCGUGGACACAUGAUGACGGAUGGGCAAUGUGCUACGUGCUUGAACAACACCUUAGCUCCUCAUCUGAAACUUCACCCCAUACUGGGAGUGUGGAUGAUCUGGAGGACUGCUGAAGAAGCAGCACUAAUGACUGGGUGGAUGUGAUCUUGCUUCUCAAGAACUGAUUUGUGAACCUGCCGAAGAAUAGCACAAAAAGCAAUUAAAUGUAGCAUUUGGACUGUUGGACUGUGUCCCUGACUUGUGUGUUAACACUGUUUACAUAACAGCCUGGAGGUCUCUCCAUAUCCCCAUGCUGUUUACUUGUAACACUGACCUGCAUAUAUUCCGACUAGUCACUCCUGGACACCUUAAGCAGUUAGACAUGUUUCUUAAAGAAUUACAGGAAGUCUUUCUUUCCCCUGUAUGCUGAUUCCUCUGAUGUUUUACAUAGCUUUAUGCUGGUGUUGUAGCUGGCAGCUAAUCCCUGACUGUUUGCUUGAUCCUCUAUUUGGAUGCAUUUCUGUUAAACAGCGGCAUAUUUCUGUUUGUUUUUUUAUUUAUGUGUAAGUGCACAUUUCACUGUAAUGUUUAAACAGCUUGACCAGUCUGUUUCAGUCAUGGGGACAAUCGUGAAUUUGUAAAAAGUCUUUGUUAAUUCUUAUCAAGAUAUAAAUAUUGAGCCUAACUUUAUUAGUUUCUUUGUAGAGAAGUCACUAGUUUGUAGUGUAGCAUUUUUAUGUUUAUGAGCCAUUUUGUUUGUCACUACAUUUUGAAAUAUAAUAUGUUCAUCCAAUACUUUGUGCGUUUGUAAUGCUUUUUGUAGUUAACAUUAAUGACAGCAAAAACAGGUUUUGUAGAAUGUCCACAAUUU